GCCAGCUGCUCUGUCCACAAUCCCCCAAAAUAAAAAACCAACCCAUCUCCUUCUACAACUAGUACUCCCUCCACUUUCUUUACUGCUGUCCUCGAAUUUUUACUUCCCCACCAGAAAAGACCAAGCAAGUUUCCAUUGUACUUUUGGGUAGCUUCUUCCCCUUUGCUUCCCCCUGCUACAUUAGUCUUCUCUCCUUCUCAUCCCCUCCAUCAUCAUUCAUUGCCAAGCAUUGUGCUCUAGUUUCAAACAGAAAGAAAGAGAGAGAGAGAGAGCAAUAAUGGAGUUUGGGAGUGUGGUGCAGUUCUUGGAGAACAGGGCGGUUCUGAUCACCGGUGCAACUGGGUUCCUAGCUAAGAUUUUCCUGGAGAAAGUGUUGAGAGAGCAGCCAAAUGUUAAGAGGAUGUACCUUCUCCUCAGAGCUGCUGAUGCCAAGGCUGCUUCCCAAAGAUUUCACAGUGAGAUUGUAGGGAAGGAACUGUUCCGGGUAGUGAAGGAGAAGUUUGGCGAAAAUUUGAGUACCAUAUUGUCAGACAAGAUAGUUCUGGUACCUGGUGACAUCUCUGUGGACGAAGGGCUUGGUGUCUCUUCCUCAGAACUCAAACAACAAAUGUGGAAUGAGGUCGACGUUAUUGUAAAUCUGGCUGCAUCUACCAACUUUGAUGAAAGGUACGACAUUGCGAUGGGGCUGAACACGAUGGGCGCGAAGCACGUCGUCGGUUUUGGUCACAACUGUCCGAAUCUCAAAGCUCUCGUCCACGUCUCGACCGCUUAUGUCGCGGGGGAGAGGUCGGGGUUGAUAUUGGAGAGCCCUUAUCGAAUGGGGGAUACCCUAAACGGGGCAACCGGACUGGACAUUCAGGAAGAGAGGAAACUGAUUGCCCUAAAGAUGAACGAACUGCAAACGGAAGGAGCCUCUCAGGACGCCAUUAAAAGGGCCAUGGUCGACCUUGGCCUCAAAAGGGCAAAAACCUACGGAUGGCCAAACACAUACGUGUUCACCAAGGCAAUGGGGGAGAUGCUGGUUGGAGAAUUCAAAGGCAGCAACAUGUCCGUCGUCAUCGUACGUCCCACCAUCGUCACCAGCACUUUCAAACAGCCUUUCCCUGGCUGGGUUGAAGGCAUCAGAACAAUCGACAGCUUGGCUGUCGGCUAUGGCAAAGGACGCCUCACUUGCUUCCUUGGAGACGUUGCAGGCAUUCUCGACGUGAUACCAGCAGACAUGGUGGUGAAUGCGAUGCUGAUGGCCAUCGUGGCCCACUCGAACCAGCCCAGAUCCGAACCGGUCAUCUACCAAGUGGGUUCGUCGAUUCGCAACCCGAUGAAGCUCGGGGAUCUCAAGGAAUAUGGGUUCGGGUAUUUCUCUCAGAAGCCGUGGGUCGACAAACAAGGCAACGUGGUCAGGGUUCGUAAGGUCAGAGUCCUUGGUAGCAUGGACAGCUUCCGCCGUUACAUGGCCUUCCGUUACUUGCUCGUCUUGAAGGGGCUGGAGCUGGCGAACACGGCCUUCUGUCACUUCUUCGACGGAGUCUACAGCGAUCUCAACCGUAGGAUCAAGUUCGUGAUGCGGCUCGUGGAGCUCUACCAGCCGUACCUCUUCUUCAAUGGAGUGUUUGACGACAUCAACACGGAGAAGCUGAGGAUGGCGGCGAAGGACAAUGGAGUGGAGACAGACAAGUUCUACUUCGACCCGGCCGAGGUUGAUUGGGAGGAUUACUUCGUCAACAUUCACAUCCCUGGGCUGGUGAAAUAUGUUGUCAAAUAAAAGGCUUUGCAGAGAGGGAAGAGGAGGUGUCAUUAGGGUUUAUGAGACAAAGACAUACGUAAUAAUGAUGAUGAUGAUGAUACAUAUGAAAUGAAAUAUAUGGUAUAUUUUUCACAUUUUUCCAUUUUAAUGGCGGCAAAUUGGUGGUGGCUGAUCUCUGGAUUUACAAGGAAAAGGGAGUGUUAGUAUAUGUUUGUUGUUCACGUUACAUGAUUUAUUGUUAGGGGAGCAGGAGUUUGGAUUUGAUUGAUUCUCGGACAAGACUAGAAAAAGUGUAAUCACGUUAUUGUGUUGGUGUCACUUUGAUUUCUCUGUAUAUCGGCCCUGCGAUUUAUUCAUGCAGUAAACAUGUUUUUAAUGUGUUCGUGAAGAUUAUAUCGUAUUUAUAUUUUAGAUCUUUUGAAUUCUAGUCCAAA